UCUGUGCAAAAUAUGUUAUAUUUUGGAUACAAUUACUUUAGUAGGAACCUAAAUCAAGCGGAACGGUUAAUUCUCGCCUGUUUCUACACGGUGGCGGAACAAACGUCUUUUUCCUGUCAAGUUUCAGUAUAAAAUGAGUCGUUUUUUCGUAGCCUGUAAAUGAGGAGUUCCUAUUAUGAUUGGCGCUAAACUAGUGAGACGUCACGUUCAAAGUUUGAAUCGUUUCAGGGUUGUUUUCUUUCAAAUCUCUUCAAGAUGUUUCUCCACUGAACGUCUGAGUGAAGAAGCAAUCCGGAAGUUCAUUUCAGACAACACAGAAAUCGUUGGAGAUAAUCACCUGACACCUGAGAUCAAACUCAGACUUUUCACUCCAAACUGCAGAUUUUGGUUUGAAAGACCUGAACUUUGGCCAUUUGAUGACCCGUACUGGGCCAUCUACUGGCCGGGAGGGCAAGCACUUUCCAGGUAUCUCCUGAACAAUCCUGGGGUAUGUUCGGGAAAAUCCGUUUUGGAUCUCGGAAGCGGCUGCGGCGCGACGGCCAUCGCCGCCAAACUUUGCGGCGCCGACCGAGUCGUCGCCAACGACAUCGACUCCGUUGCCACACUUGCAACCUGCAUGAACUUCCAGCUCAACGGUUUGGAUCCUCCAGUCUGCGUGACCCGAGACCUCAUCUGUUCCGAUCCGGGCGACUUUGACCUGAUCCUCCUCGGCGACAUGUUCUACGACGAGGCGCUCUCCUGCCAGCUUCACAGUUGGUUGGAACGUUGCAUCAAGACUCGCAAAAGCAAAGUUCUGAUAGGAGAUCCCGGAAGGGCUCGGUUUGAAGAGCACCGGAUUCGAAAGCUACUUCGUGAGCUGGACAAAUUUGACCUACCUGGGCCUGUGCGAGAGGAGAACUAUGGUCUUAGCUGUAGCACGGUUUGGCAAUUUGUCCCGGAAUGAUUGUUAAAUAAAGUUGGAAUUAAAAAUUUGCCUUUGAUUUUGUAGCAAAGGCAAAAGAUUUAAGUAGAA